GCCUCUGCAUUUUUGUCUUUUCCUAAAUGCUAACAUGGCGAAAAAAAGACUGAUGUAAAGAAAAACAGGGGCAGAAGAAAUGUGAAAAUAGGAAAACCAAACAUUUUCAUGGAGAGCAAAAGUCAGAAGCAAAGGGAGGAGAACCCGGGCUCCUUUGCACCAGAAAACCUGCAUCAAAAUGCUGAUAGCAGAAAAGACGACUGAGUUCCCUUCCACAGAGUUCUCUCUGCUGGAGGAUGUUGCUCUCCACUUCACUUGUUUGAUGGACAGACUCAAUGAGCAGCGCCUGUUUCAGCCAGAUCUUUGUGAUGUAGACAUUGUGUUGGUUCGGCAGAAGAGCACGUUUCCUGCGCACAAGGGGGUCCUUGCGGCCUACAGCCAGUUCUUUCACUCGCUCUUCACCCAGAACAAGCAGCUCCAGAGGGUGGAGCUCUCCCUGGAGGCUCUGACCUCUCAAGGCCUUCAGCAGAUCCUCAACUUCAUCUACACCUCGAAGCUGCUGGUGAAUGCCUGCAACGUACAGGAUGUGUUGAACGCGGCCACUGUCUUUCAGAUGAGUGACAUUGCGACUUCCUGUCAGGAGCUCAUCAACAGCCGCUCGUUGACCUUGACCAUCACAGGGGACAUGUCCAAGCAGGACGGCCAAGGCAACCCACUUCCCUUGCAGUUCUACCGAGAGAUCAAGCAAGAGGUGGAUCCUCCCCACACCAAAAUCUACGCCAGAGAGGGCCACAAUCCCUACUCUGUGCGCGUCGAGGACAACGCCGGACCGAAGCAACAGCACAAGGAGUAUUUUAAGGAGGAGGAAUGUCGCGGGCCGGGGUCGUGCAAGAUUGAGGGAGAUGCAGAGGAAUCCGAAAACUCGGACAGUCAUGGCACUUUCAAUCGGGAGCAGAUCAUUGUGGAGGUCAACCUCAACAACCAAACCCUGAAUGUUUCCAAAGGGACAGAAGGCAAAGCUUCAUCCACCGAGGCCACCGCCAUGCUAGGAGUGUGCCGUGGUGAAGAGCAGGACACUGAGGAGGAGGAUGAGGAGGAUGAGGAGGAAGAACACGAUGAUGAUGAUGGUGAAGAUGCAGAUUUUGGAGAAGAGGAUGAAGAUCAGACUGAAGAAGACGAUGACCUGGUGGACUCCAGCGAAGAUGAGGAUGAUGAUGAGGAAGAAGAUAAUAAUGAUAUUCCGGAAGUCAAGAAGGCGAAAUUGGAGAGGCUGCGGAGGAGGACCAGAGUUUCGGGAGAUGCCAAGGCCACAGUGUCCACACAGCAAGUUGAGAGCAGUGCCGAGGCUGUUGGGAACCACAGGGGGAGGAAGAAGAAGAUGGACCAGGAAGGCUUGGGGCAGAAGGUGAAACUGGAAGACAAGGAGCAUUUCCCUUGUAAGAAGUGCCCACGGGUCUUCAACAACCGCUGGUACCUAGAGAAGCACAUGAACGUGACGCACAGCAGGAUGCAGAUCUGUGAACGGUGUGGCAAGAGAUUUCUACUGGAGAGCGAGCUGCUGCUGCACCACCAGACGGACUGCGAGAAAAACAUCCAGUGUGUAACCUGUGGAAAGGUGUUUAAGAAGCUCUGGUCUCUCCAUGAACACAAUAAAAUUGUCCACGGCUAUGCAGAAAAGAAAUUCUCAUGUGAGAUCUGUGAAAAGAAAUUCUACACAAUGGCUCAUGUCAGAAAACACAUGGUUGCUCACACAAAGGACAUGCCGUUUACCUGUGAGACCUGCGGGAAAUCCUUCAAGCGCAGCAUGUCUUUGAAAGUGCACUCGCUGCAGCACUCGGGAGAGAAGCCCUUCAAAUGUGAGAACUGCAGUGAGCGCUUCCAGUACAAGUACCAGCUGCGCUCCCACAUGAGCAUCCACAUUGGACACAAGCAGUUCAUGUGCCAGUGGUGCGGGAAGGACUUCAACAUGAAGCAGUACUUCGAUGAGCACAUGAAGACACACACCGGAGAGAAGCCAUUCAUCUGUGAGAUCUGUGGGAAGAGCUUCACCAGCCGGCCCAACAUGAAGCGUCACCGGCGCACGCACACGGGGGAGAAGCCGUACCCCUGCGACGUGUGCGGACAGCGCUUCCGCUUUUCCAACAUGCUCAAGACACACAAGGAGAAGUGCUUCCGGGUCAGCAACCCCAUUGGCCUUGCCAAUCAGGGAGCAGCAGAAACAGUAGCCACGCCCCUGUCCCUCCCCCUGCUUCCCUCCAUGGCAGCCAUCGCCCCACUCCCUCACCUACCCCCCCUGCCACCGCUGUUUCCAGCCGGGAGGGUAAACAGCAACUGAGCAGAGAAACACCCACACACACACACACAUGCUCUCACUGUAAACAGCAACUGAGUAGAGAAAUACCCCCCCACACACACACAAGCUCUCAUUGUAAACAGCAACUGAGCAGAGAAAUACACCCCCACACACACACACACACGCUCUCACUGUAAACAGCAACUGAGCAUAGAAAUACCCCCCCCACACACACACACACACGCUCUCAUUGUAAACAGCAACUGAGCUGAGAAACACCCACACACACUCUCACUGUAAACAACAACUGAGCAGAGAAACACCCACACACACACACACUGUAAACAACAA